UUUCGUCUCUUAAUUUUCUCCAUAAAAAAAUAAUAUUGUUGAUAAAGUGAUCAGUGAAUGCUUCUUCUUCACUCAUCUCUCUCUCUCUGUCUCUUUGAAUGUUAACAAUUUCCCUUGAUUGCGUUGGGCCAGACAUAUCGAGGAGUUUAGUCUGAUCUUGAAAAUGGUAGAAUUGGGAAUGAGCAAGGCCAGCAAACCCGUGAGUGUGAGCUUCAGAAUACCAUAUUACACACAGUGGGGCCAAAGCCUGGUGGUGUGCGGCUCCGAACCGGUGCUUGGUUCAUGGAAUGUCAAGAGGGGUCUGCUGUUGAGUCCCGUUCAUCAGGGUGAUGAGCUCAUAUGGUUCGGCACCAUUUCUGUCCCCAAAGGGUUUGGAUCGUGCGAGUACAGUUACUACGUUGUGGAUGCUGAUGAUCGAAGUGUUCUUCGAUGGGAGAUGGGAAACAAGCGUCGGCUUCUUUUGCCUCAGGCCAUUCAGGAAGGAGAGCUGCUUCACUUCCAUGACUUUUGGCAGGUUGGUGCCGAUGCACUUCCUUUCAGAAGUGCCUUCAAGGACGUCAUCUUUCGUAGAGAGUGGAGUUUGGAGAUUGAGAAACCUCUAGGAGUCAUCCAAAAUUCAUUGCAGAAUGAUGAUUCUGUUCUCGUCCAUUUCAAAAUUUGCUGUCCAAAUAUAGAAGAAGGAACAUCGAUUUACAUUAUUGGUAGUACCUCAAAGUUGGGGAACUGGAAGGCACAGGAUGGGCUUAAACUAAGCUAUUCUGGUGAAUCAACUUGGCAUGCAGACUGUGUCGUGCCGAAAGGGGACUUCCCGAUAAAAUAUAAGUACUGUAAAUAUAGCAAAGGAGGAAACAUUUCUUCUGAAACUGGUCCAAACCGCGAAAUUGCUCUUGACUCGUUAAGUACUGAACCAAGAUACCUUUUCCGUUCAGAUGGCAUGUUGCGAGAAAUGCCUUGGCGGGGGGCUGGUGUUGCAAUCCCAAUGUUCUCUGUUAGAUCAGAAACUGAUCUUGGUGUUGGAGAGUUUCUUGACCUGAAAUUACUUGUUGACUGGGCUGCAGAGUCUGGCUUUCAUUUAGUUCAGCUUUUACCCAUUAAUGAUACAUCUGUGUAUGGAAUGUGGUGGGAUUCAUAUCCUUACAGCUCACUUUCUGUAUAUGCAUUGCAUCCUUUAUACUUGAGAGUACAGGCACUUUCAGAAAACAUCCCCAAGGAUAUCAAGGUAGAGAUUCAGAAGGCAAAAGAAGAAUUGGAGGGAAAGGAUGUUGAUUACGAGGCUACCUUGACCACUAAACUCUCAAUUGCAAAGAAAAUAUUUGCCCAAGAGAAGAAUAAGAUUCUCAGCUCCAAUUCCUUCCAGAAAUUUUUCUCUGAGAAUCAGGAAUGGUUAAAACCCUAUGCGGCCUUCUGUUUUUUGCGGGACUUCUUUGAAACAUCAGAUCACAGUCAAUGGGGUCGGUUUUCCCAGUUUUCAAUAGAAAAGCUAGAGAAACUCAUCUCUAAAGACAGCAUUCACUAUCGUGAAAUUUGCUUCCAUUAUUACAUCCAAUUUCAUUUGCAUAUGCAGCUGUCGGAAGCUGCAGAAUAUGCAAGAAAGAAGGGAGUAAUAUUGAAAGGAGACUUGCCUAUUGGUGUUGGUAGAGACAGUGUAGAUACAUGGGUCUAUCCAAAUCUGUUUCGCAUGAACACAUCUACUGGAGCUCCUCCAGAUUAUUUUGAUAAAAAUGGGCAGAACUGGGGUUUCCCCACUUACAAUUGGGACGAGAUGGCCAAAGACAAUUAUGCCUGGUGGCGUGCUCGAUUGACACAGAUGGCAAAAUACUUUACAGCUUACCGGAUUGACCAUAUAUUGGGGUUCUUUCGUAUCUGGGAACUCCCAGAGCAUGCCAUCACUGGUCUCGUUGGAAAAUUUCGUCCUUCCAUUCCUCUAAGUCAGGAAGAACUUGAAAAAGAGGGCAUAUGGGACUUUGAUCGUUUAGCUCGUCCAUAUAUCCCACAGGAAAUUUUACAGAUUAAGUUUGGAGAUUCAUGGACUUUUAUUGCUUCGAGUUUUCUGAAUGAAUAUCAGAAGAACCACUAUGAGUUUAAGGAGGACUGCAAUACAGAGAAAAAAAUUGCUUCCAAGCUGAAGUCAUUUUCAGGAAGAUCGUUGUUGCAGAAUGAAGACCACAUUAGGCAUGAGCUCUUUGAUAUUUUACAGAAUAUAGUUCUGAUAAGAGAUCCAGAAAAUCCAAGGAACUUCUAUCCUCGCUUCAAUCUCGAAGAGACUUCAAGUUUUAAGGAUUUGGAUGAUCACUGCAAGAAUGUACUGAAACGGUUAUACUAUGAUUACUACUUCCAUCGACAAGAAAAUCUUUGGCGUCAAAAUGCGUUGAAGACACUGCCUGCUCUGCUGAACUCAUCGGAUAUGCUAGCUUGUGGGGAAGAUCUGGGGCUUAUUCCUUCUUGUGUUUAUCCUGUGAUGCAAGAACUGGGAUUAAUAGGUUUACGCAUUCAACGUAUGCCUAGUGAACCUGAUCUGGAGUUUGGUAUCCCUUCUCGAUACAGUUAUAUGACAGUGUGUGCUCCAUCAUGCCAUGACUGUUCAACAUUGCGUGCUUGGUGGGAAGAAGAUGAAGAAAGGAGGCAGCGAUUUUUUAGCAGUAUGGUGGGAUCUGACUUGUUGCCACCCAGUCGCUGUGUUCCAGAGAUUGCAAAUUUCAUAAUAAGGCAACAUUUUGAAGCUCCAUCAAUGUGGGCAAUUUUCCCUCUUCAGGAUUUGUUGAUUUUGAAAGAAGAAUACACAACACGCCCUGCAAAAGAGGAGACAAUCAAUGACCCCACAAAUCCGAAGCAUUAUUGGAGAUACCGUGUACAUGUGACAUUGGAGGCUUUGAUCAAGGAUAAAGAGCUCACAUCGAUCAUCAAAGACCUCGUGCGUGGAAGUGGAAGAUCACAUCCGGGGAAACAAGCUGAGAAACAAGUGAUUGAGGAAUCAUCUGUUGCAACCACAGAGAAGAAGCAGAUUGCCAGCAGCAAAGAAAAGGCUCAAGUGGCAACUCCACUGAACGGAGUACCGCGGAAGGAGGCUGUUGCUGUUCCUAAUUAAUAAAUCAUGCGCAUUAUGGCAAAAUAAGGUUAGAGUAUGGUCGGAUCCAUGGAUCCCAGGCAUUCCCAAUUACACUCCAGUUGUUCCCGCUCCUGUGCUAAACACAUCCCUACAGGUGAGUGCUUUAAUUACUGAUCAUUCAACUUGGAAUGAAGUUAUCGUUCGUGACUUAUUUUCUAUUGAGGAGGCGGAGGCUAUUCUGAGGAUUCCAUUAAGUUGUAGAAUGGUUGAUGACCGGGGCGUUUGGAGAAUGGAAAGGAAUGGGAAGUUUUCGGUUAAAACUGCCUAUAGGCAUUCCUUUGUCAAUUCUCCUUCUAGAAAACCUAGCUCUCUCAAUAUGUCGGGUGAUUUUUGGAAAGAAGGUUUGGAAAGGGGUACUUCCUAGUACGGCUAAGCUGCAUAUGUGGAGGGUGUGCAAUGAUAUUCUCCCUUCGCUGGAACGGUUGGCUUCUAAACAUGUGGUUUUGGAUUCUCAACUUUGUGUUCUAUGUACUGUUGAAGUUGAGUCUACAUUGCAUUUGUGCCGACAUUGCAAAGUUGGUGUUUCAAACUAAUAGUAGGGUGCUUCAAGUGGCUUUGGCAAUACAAACUGAUGGUUUUGAUAUGGUUGGAUGGUUGAGUCAUUGUGCUAACCAUUUGCAGAAAGGUGAUUUUGAGGAUCUUAUGUAUAUGUUGUGGAGUGUUUGGAAAGAAAGAAACCUUAGGGUUUGGGAGCAGAAACAUUCUAACACAAGUGAUGUUGCGUUACGUGCGAGUACGAGGUUAGCAGAGUUCAGGCUUCACAACGGGAAGUUUGGGGUUAAUGUACAGCAUUCUAGAGUGGCAAAAUGGUGUCACCCCCCAUCUGGGAUGCUUAAAGUUAAUCUUGAUGGCUCCUUCCUAGCUGCAUCAAGGAAGGGAGGGCCUUCCUAGCUGCAUCAAGGAAGGGAGGGCUAGGCUUUGUGAUUCGUGAUUCGGUGGGAAUUAUGCUUGCUGGAGGAGCUUGUCCGCUUCGAAAUUUAUUAUCAGCUGAACAUGCUGAAGCUUUGGCAUGUCAGGCAGCAGUGCAGUUUGUGUUACAACACAACAUGAUGCCAGUUCUUUUUGAGACAGACUCGAUGUUAGUACAAAGACAAGUCUCUGGCCAUGGGAGUUUGAAUACAGAUGUCUUGGGAAGAAUAUAUGAUGCUAUAGGGGAGAUGUUGGCCUCUACUCCAAAUGUGAGAAUUAGUUAUACGAAGAGGGGUGCCAAUACUGUGGCUCACCUUCUUGCUGAUUAUGCAAAGUCUCUUCAGCAAGAGAUUUUUUUCUGUUCUGCACCUAUCUUUUUACAAGCUGCCCU